AUGCCUGGGUCCUUGUUUGGAACGGAGAACGGCGAUACCGUUUCCUUGGAGCAGAAGUACAUUCGCCUGCUCGAACAAAAGAUUGAACAGCUCGAGAAGGACCUCGCCACGAAGGAGAAAAUCCCCGAUGAAGAAGUCACGAAGCUGAAAUCGCCGAUCGAUGCUAGGCGCAAUUCAAUCCUAGGCGACGAGAACAGAACGUCAGUGGUCAACGGUAUCGAGAAGAAGGAAGAAGAGCGGGAAAAGGAAAAGACUAAAGGGGACGAGACUACGGUUGGCGAAAAGAAAGGAGAGGAUGCGGAUGAAACCGACGAAAACCCCCGGAUUCGGUUGCUCGACUCCCGCUGGGAUGAAAAGACUGGGACAUUUGAAGAGGUCCCAUCGAAGCUACCGCCAAAGAACAAGGCGCCCGAGCCCAGCCUGCCCUAUGCAUUCACCUGGUUGCGUAAGUUUGACGAGGAUAGAAAGUAUGACACCACGAAAGCCACAAUCAACUCUCCUGAGCUAGAAGCACUCAUCCGAGAUACAUGUCGAGCGUCGUCUUCCUCCAACUUCAAGACCUUCGCGCCCAAUUUCGAUGGCUUGGUUUGGGACUGGGAUAAUCUUCAGAAAGCUGCGCACGACGAACUCGAGGACGAAGAUGAGACAAAGAAGCAGGCGCGGAAGGACUUGGAACUAUUGCUGGACCAGGUCAAGUCCAGUUCUGAGCUGCAGAGCUAUUUCGAGAGGCGUGAUCAAUGGACUGAAAACAAGGAGAUCUCUUACGACUAUCUCUGGACGCUGUUCCCACCGGGCGAGAUGGUGUGUUCGCAGGUAAUUUUCGACCAUCCGCAGGCGUUCAUUGCGCGUGAAUACGAAUACAUGUCGCUGUCUGCAGGAAACGGAACGACGAAGGACUUUUUCCAGCUAGUUUGCUGGGCGUACGACUGGAACGGCGAAAGUUUCAACCGGGUGUCUGGAAGUCUGAAGAUCGAGAGGUAUGCCGGGGCGAAAGCCAUCAACACGUUGAAGUUCUAUCCCAUCAAGCACCACGUCGAUCGCAAAGGCAACCCUGACGAGACAGAGCUGAGAGCAAUGCUGAAGGCAAGAGGAGAGAAGUUCCGGAAGUAUUGCAUAAUGCCGAAAGGCUCGCAGCUUUUCUACUGCGACGGACCUGUCAUCAGUAAGCAAGGUGCAUUCAAUGAUAUGGCAGCGUCAAGCACCUACCAAUCCGAUGCCGCUAGUACGAUUGGGAGCGAAAGCACCGACGGGGGAGGCGGGGGAGGCUGGUCAAAAGUCAAAGGCUCCGUCAUUGUCGACCACAAGUCGUUCCUCCAAUGUGGUGACGCGGGGUGCGGAGCCAUGGGCGUCUUCGAGCUUUCAGACGAUCGUUACGAAUGUACUUGCUCCGACUGCAUGAAGUCUCGAUCGCUGAAGAACAUGAUGAAGUUUGACUACGACGGCGUGAAGUCGAACCAGGAGUUCGAAGACGACCAGUACAUCAUCUGCCCGGCCCGGUUCCUAGGGUACGUUAUGGGCACCAAAGCAUGGGCCCAAAUGCCCGUGGUCAACGUCCACGAGAUCAAGCAGAAAAUCAAGGUAGAUGCUUUUGCCAACUUGAUUUUGGAGAAGCAGGCAAAGAAUCUGAUCAAGAGCCUGGUCGGCAACCACGAAAAGAAGAAAGCGUCGGCUGAGGGUGAGGAUGGUGUCGUGAGGGAAGACUGGAUCGAGGGUAAAGGAAGGGGAUUGGUCAUCUUGCUCCAUGGACCUCCUGGCGUUGGAAAGACCUCGACUGCUGAGAGCGUAGCUCAAGCCACGGGCAAGCCCUUGUUUACCGUAAGCGUGAGCGACAUCGGCAUGAAGCCUGAUGAAGUCGAAGGCAAGCUGGCCCAGAUUUUUAAUCUAGCGGCUCGUUGGGAAGCCGUGCUCCUAUUCGACGAAGCGGACGUCUUCCUCGAAUCCCGCGGCACUGACAAGGGCGACCUCAACCGCAACUCGCUCGUUACUGUCUUUCUCCGAAUUCUCGAAUAUUACGACGGCAUUCUGAUCCUAACGACGAAUCGCAUCAAGUCCUUCGACAUCGCCGUACAAUCGCGUGUGCAUCUUGCAAUUCGCUACAAAGAGCUGUCGACCGAGCAGUUGCGCGAGCUCUUCCUAAAAUUUGUGAAGCAGCACUCUAACGAGAUCCUCGAUGUCAAACGCGUCGAAGAGUGGAUCAAGGAGGAGUUCGAUGAGGACAUUGAUGGACGGCAGAUCCGCAACGUCAUUUCUUCCGCGCGAGCGAUGGCGAAAUCUGAAGAAAAUCCGAGCGGGAAGGUGAAGCUGGAAGAUAUCCGGAGCGUUCUGAAAAUGACGGUGCAGUUCCAAAAACAUUUGCGAGAUCAGCGCGUUGCUGCACGGAGGGAUCAGGUCGUGGAUAAGUGAGUGGAGUUCGGCGAUCUUUUCGCCAUUUUCAGUUAGUCAGCAUUGCAGCACGUGACUGUGUCCUCCACUGUUACGUGCUGGAGUUUGCAGGUCUACGCGUACAGGUACUUAGUUAGAACUUAGAAACGCGGCCCUCGGGGUGAGCGACUUGGUGUGGAUGAUGAGAUGCCGUCACGAUGUUGAAAG